AUGGAAUCAUAUAUUAUCUUCGAUUCCUAAGAAAUCUCUCCUUAAAAUAAACAAUUAAUCGAUCUUUUUUAAAAUUAUCAUUCCAAUAAAAGGAAAGGAGAGUUAAUUAAUUUAAAUAUGAAAUUUAAAUUUACUCUCCUUACAUCAUGGACAUUAUUGCCAACAUCCUUACCAGAUACUGAUUGUGAAGAUGAUGAGGCAACAUUAUUUGUACAAUACUUAACUGAAUACACAGAAAAUAAGUAUGGUUUAAAUGUAUUUUGUCCAAAGCAACGUGGUGAAGCAUUUUUACAGAAUUCUUUUCAUUCAUUUGAAGAGAGAUUCUUAACACAUUCUGAAUAUGCAUUACUAAUUGUAUCUGGUCAAAAGGCAUCAUGUUUAGAUCAUAUUUAUCCCAGAUUUCUUGUAUUUUUCACAGCGAAAAAAUCAUGGACUGAACGAGUUUUAAUUAUAUUUUUGAAACAACCAACAUGUACUUUUAAUUUCGAUGUUAGUUUAUUGAAACAUCCACCAAUUUUAUUCAAUGACGAUUCAACGAAUCAAUGGAUUAAUGAUGAAGAAUCAUGGUUGAAAAUAACAGAAUUGAUAAAACAUAGAUAUAUUCCGUCAAUGAGAGAGAAUUUACCAAAAUAUCUAAUUACACCCACCAAAUAUAACAUUGGUGGAUGGAUGUCUGUCACGGAUCUACGUGGACAACCACUAGCUGUCAGAAUAACUAAUAGUUCUAGUCAGACUGACUCAAUACCAUCUAGCUGGCACGAUCUCACGGGUAUUGAACCAAUCAACAGAAUGAAAAAUGUUUUAUACCCAACACAUCCUAUUGGACAACGUCUAAGCCAAUCAGCAGGUGCGUUUGGAUAUUCACCCACACAAUCACAUGACAGUACGCCAAGUCUACAUUUACACGUGAACAAUUAUUUUAAUCGUAAUAAAAGCGUGAGUCCAAGAUGUUUUACAAGAAAGAGUCAAUAUUAUAAUACAAUAACUGGAUUAGAUCCUUGUUGCUCAAAUUCAUCUAAAAGUCAAUACAAUAUUAUUAACGAUUAUCAUCGAGUUAAAUGUCAAAUUGACGAAACAUCACAUUAUGAAAAUUCAUUCGAACAACUUGGUAAACAUAACUUUGAAAUCAAUUUUAUUUACAAGACAAAUCGAAUGUGUAUUCCUCACAAAAAGUUUAAAAUUAAAUCGUGUGAAUUUCUAAAUGAAUCUAUAUUGUCAUGUAAAUUAUCAAAUCGUAAUAAUAAGUCAACCGAUAUUAUCAAUGAUGGUUCAGAGUAUAGCAGUAAUGUUUUAACACCAAAUCGUACAACGAAACAUCAUCAUCAUCAUCAUGAUGGAAAGAUUAAAUUCUUAUCUAAAAAACAUUUAUUAUUCAAAAACUCAGAUCAUAUUUGUAUACCAUCAAAAAAAUUUUUGAAAUUAUUUAAAUUUAGACUUAAAAAAGAUGUACAUUCUGUAAGUGAGAAAUUUGGCAUAAAAUCACAAUUAGAAUUAGCUAAAGCUGUUAAAACAUUAUCUGAUGUUGGACAAAAUUUAGUUGAACAUUCAAAAGAUACUGUGAAUGAUUUAAAUCCCAUUGAAAUUCAACAACCAUCAUGUUCAUAUAAUACUAUUGACAAGCCUAAUUUAAGUAGUUUAAGUAUUCAUAUAGACAUGGAAGAAGAACAACAUGACAAAAGUACAAACAAUAAUGAUAGUUUCCAUGAUUCAAGAUAUUCACAAAGUACACCGAUUCAAUCAAUGAAUUUCGCUGAUUCAGGCUUAUGGAGUAUGAGUCAAAUAACUAGUGAAGAUUGUACUAAUUCAUUGCAACAACAUUUGAUAUCAUGUUCAGAAAGUCCUGUAUUUGAUAACUUCACUGAUAAUAAUAAUAAUAAUAAUAAUAGUCAGACAAAUGAAAUACCAUUACAGAAAUCAAUUACAAAUUCAAUCAGCUCAUCAUAUUGUGAAGAGAUGAAACCAACACCAUGGUUAUCAAUAAAAGCACUAGAUAAACAGUCAGAUCAUCAAGUGAUGUCGGAAAAAUCAAAACAAACUGAGAAUACAGUAAAUCAACAAUUCGUCAACGAUCAAACAUUCAAUGCUUCGAUCAAUAAAGUCAAUGAGUUUGAAUCAAAUAAAACUAAAAGUAACACUGAUAAUAAUAACCAUAGCAAUGUAACUCAAGACUUAAAUAAUUCUAUGAAUUCGAUACCUUUCAAUUCAAAUUCAGUAUCUUUCGAAGAGAGUAAACCCGUUGACAAAUUAUUACACUCUCAUAUUUCGACAAUAAAACCAAAUGAUCCUAAAGAAAAUUUAAUUUCGUCAAUUUCUCUUUCGAAAGUAGAUGAUAAUGAUAAUGGAUCUUCAUCUGCUUUUGAUGAAGAUUCUACAAAACUUUCGACUUUUCAACAAAAUUCUUUAGUUUCAUCAAUGAUUGAUUCUACAUUAGAACAGCGAAAUCGUUGCUCUAGGGAAUCAUAUCCGUUGAAUGCAGAUCACUUAACGAAGAUCAGUUCAAAAAUCGACAGUAUUGUUAACUCUUCCAUAGAUUUACAACCGAUUAGUGUAGAAAAUGAAAAUAAUCCAGGAUCUGUUUUUGAUAUACAACAAAAUAUGAAUCGUGUUGUAAUUCUAACUGCACAAAUUCCAACGAAAUCAUUGAUGAAAUCAACGUCAGAUACUCUUAAAGACAAUUCUUAUUUCGAUAAAAGUUUUAAUAAAUCAAUAAAUAAUAAUAAUGUAGAAAGCAUUGAAUAUCAUAAUGUUAUUAAUGACUAUCAAACUAACAAGUUACAAUCUACAGAUGAAUGUUUACCGAAACAGUUCAAUGAACAAUUGACAACAACAACUAAACAUAUUGAAGAUAUCAUGCAAUUAUUGCCUACUGAAAUUUCUACAUCAUUAAAACAAGAGAAGGUGGAUUCAUCAAUUGUUCUUGAUCAUUUGAAUGUACAUGAUGUAUGCACAAUUGAACAAUUGAAUGUCAAUACAUUUAAUGAAUUUAUCAAUGACCAAUUAAAAAAUAAUCAAUCAGUUCCAUCAGACCAAAUAAAGCCAACUGUUUUAUUAUCAUCACAUGAAGAUAUGAAAUCAGUAGACUUAAAAUCAAAUUUGAAUAAUACACAAGAUUUAAAAAAUAAUUCAUAUGGAAAUUUGACAACAAUAAUAUCAAAUGAGCCAUAUAAUAAGAUUGAUGAUAAAUCGGAAACAAAAUAUGAUUUCGAUGAUGUAACUGACAGAAAAUCAAAUGACACCGAAAAACUUGAAAUCAAUAAAUUAACAACUGACAAACGGGUUUCAACAACCGAAUUAAGUCAGCUGUCGACAGUGUUACAGCCUGAUCAGUUUUAUACACCGAUUCAAUGUCAAAACAGAAAUAUGGAUAUUUUAAAUAGUGUCAACUCGACUACAGUCGACCAUCUACAAGACUCAUAUCAUCCACAAACAACUAGUAAAGAACAAUCAUUUGUGAAUAAGAUAAGUGAAUCAAAUGUAAAUAAAUAUUAUACGAAUGUUAUUGAAUCGUUAAAUGAUCAUAACUCAACUGAUCAAACAAAAUUAACAAAAUCAACAAAGGAAUUGUCGAAUCAUUCUAACAGUAGCCAUAAUAAUACAUUGGAUAUUGAUGAUUGUUGUAAUAAAGUCGUCAUUAAAACAGAGAAUGAUUCUGUCGACUCUGAGAUUAAGGAUCUUUUACAAAGGUGUUCAUUAGAGGAUAGGAAUACUAAAUUACUGAAUACAACUAAGUCUUCAUCCAUACAAAUUCCUAUUUCAGCAGUAAAUAAACCUGUAAAUUAUUCCAUCGACAAUGAUAUGCUGAAUGAAGAUAGUUUAACUUCAAAAAUGAAAUUACCAACAACAUCAGAACAAUUAUUGAAUGAUGAUACAACUAUUAAUUAUGCACUCAAAGACGAAAUUACAUUAAACUUGUCGUCAUCUUCCAGUACAAAUAAUUAUUCUAAGCUAAAGGUGGAUCAAGAAACUGACAAUCAUUUAAAUGAAUCAUUUGUUGACACAUCUCUAGGAAAACAGUUUCACCAUGAAGAUUCUGAUGACGUAACUGUAUUUAGUGACAAGAAACAUGAUGACAGGUUACAGAUUACUAGUCAUGAUAAUGUUUCAUUGAACAAUUCCAAGAAAAUUCAGCAAUUCAAAGAAACCAGUGGAGACCCUCACGUUCAGAAUGAUUAUGAUUCUUAUUCAAACACAGUCACCUCAUUGAAAGAUUCCAUAAUAACAGACACUAGUAAAACUAUGGUUACUACAGUGGUUCAAUGUUCAAACCAAUCUACUAUUAAUUCAAGUUUAUUAACAAAUGAAAAAGAUAAUUUUGAAAAUAAUACUUUCACAGAACAUAAUUCAUUAUUUCCUAUUGAUUCAGUGAAACAAUUUGAUGUUUUGGGAAUAUCUACGCCAGAUAAUACGGACAGUUCAAUGCUCGAUAUGUCUGUCAGUUUGCUUCAUAAGGAAACUAAAGACUGUGUAGAAAAUGAUAUAAAGUUUACUGAUCAGCUAGAUUUGACAUCUAAGGAUGAAUUUAGUAAGGAAAACUAUCUAUGUACAACUCCAUUGAUUACGGCUUAUAAAGAAAAUGAUUAUCGUCAGUUGCAUAGUAUCGAUUUCCCUAAAACACUCUCGAUUGGAUCACAAAAGUCUACUGAUGAUGAUUCGGUUUUGACCAAAAUUAACGAUUUGCCAGCUUCACAUAAUCACCUAACCGCCAGUGAGCAAUCAUUUAUGAAAAAUACUGCGGAAUCGUCAUCUUCAACUGAAAACAACUAUUGUAUGGAUAAAAUGAACUUCAAUGUUAUCAAGCCGUUCAGCGAGAUUACCUCAGUCGAUCUGACAAACGUAAAUCAAUCGACAGCAAAACCACUGUUAGAUUCAUUGUUUACAGUUUAUAAAGAAGAAGACUACGCUCAAUUACAUAAUAUUGACCUGCCUAAAAAAGCGAUUGAAUUAUUAGGCACUGAAAACUCUUCCUUAUCUAAACGACAAGAAAGAAGUUCUGACGAUGAUAACGAUAAUGAUAUCGGAUCAAAUGAUUUAACUAUAUCUCCCACAUUUACCAAUAAAACAAAUAUCAUGUUAUCUAGUGAUAUUUCCGAUCAUAUUGAAAUAGAUUUUAACAAUAGUCUAUCGACACCACCACCAAGUCGAGAUAGUGUACAUUCAGAUUAUUCGAAUAUCACAAACACUUUAAUGAGUAUUUCAUCAAAUAAUUCAAUGAAGCUAGAUUUGAAUUCAACAGUAAAUAAAUUGAAUUCUUUAAUUCAGCAUGAAUAUCAUUUGAAUGACAGUGUUAAUACUGCUACUACUGCCAAUAAUAAUAAUAAUAAUAAUAAUAUCUACUGGACUGAUUCAAAUAGUUUAACCAAAGACAUUGAAACUACUGAACAACCAAUACGAUCAAUUCUGGUUGAUAAUUCUUUAGAACAAUCAGAACGUACAUUAGCUAUUUAUAAUACAUCAUUAAAUCAGUUAUCACUGGUAGCAGCAGCAGCAGCAGCCGAAGGAGCAACAGAAAGUUCAACUCAUGCAAUCAAUGAAAUUUAUAUUGAUGAUGAUUAUAUUCGUUUAUCAUUAGAUAAUAAUGAAAAUGAGAAAAGUAUUCUGGAACCUGAGAAACAGACUGGCGAGAAAAAUGGGAAGCACAAAUCAAACCAACGUUUUAUAUUUACUUCACAAGCUUACUGUCUUUUCACUGCAUUUUUCAAUUUAGUUCUUAAAAUAGUUCAGAAACUUAUGAUACUCUUAGUAUUUACUACGUCACGAUAG